ACAGAAACCACUCUAAAGCGGAACAUUGGAGAAAAUCUGAAUGUCUCAAUACUGUCAAUGAGUAACUACGGGAACUUGUCAUCCUCCUAAAUGUUAUUUAAAUAGAGGGUAAACCUUCAGUCCACUAUAGUAGAUUCAGCAGCAAGUCCUUUCAAGGUCCAGCUUGAGACUUUUCCAAUAAAUGAAGAUAAACAAGAUGUUCCUCACAAUCUUAAUGAUCUCCUGCUUUACAACGGGAAUGGCCAAUCGUGUGUAUGUCCACCCGUUCAACCUCUUUAGCUUUGAGAACAUCAGCUGUGAGGUCAUCCAGAAUGACGACCACCAGCAGGUAGAAACGGUCCAUCCACUGACUCCUCUUCAAGACAAUACUGAGCCAGACCCACGACCCAGCAGCACGGGAGCAGAUCUCAAAAACCUUACCCAACGCACAGCCGUGUUAGCAGAACUGCAAAACUCCCUGGGGUUACGCAUGUACCAGACACUUAGUGCCACACAGAAGAAUGCUAACACCGUGCUAUCACCUAAGAAUGCCUUUGGCACGUUGGUGACAUUAUUUCUUGGAGCAUCCAAAAAGACUGCCAUUUCCUACCAACAGCUGUUAGGACUUAGCCGGGAGUCAGAUCGACCAGGCUGUGAAUAUUUUAUGGAUGGACACAAAGUUCUGCGCACACUUCAGGCCCUAAGUUCACACGUGGAUGAAUCCAGACACGAGUUUAAGACGCUUGUAUGGAGUUUUGUUCACAAAGAUGCUGACCUUUCCAAAGAUUUUGUACGUGGAACACAAGACUUCUCUGAUCAAUCUUUUGUCCGUGCGGUGGACUUCUCGCAGCCUAAGGAAGCAGAGGGGCAGCUGAACAACUUUAUCCAGAAGACAUCAGGCAGCAAGGUGAAGAACAUUUUUACGAAUGUGGCUCCAGAAACUAACUUGCUUUUUGCAAGUUCAGUGCAUUUUAAAGGCAAAUGGAAAUAUGCUUCUGAUCCUAAUGCAACCACUGAGCAGCAGUUCUGGAUUGAUGAGAAAUCCAGUGUCCAAGUACCCUUGAUGAAAUAUUUUGGAGGCCACAUGUACUUAAAUGAUGCUGGCAGGAAGUGUUCAGUAGUCAGACUCAGUCUCAGUAAAAGGACCUAUAUAAUGCUAGUGUUGCCUCAUGAGAAAACCAGCCUGGAGGACAUUGAGAAGCAACUCCGAACAGAAGUCAUAUCUACAUGGAAUAAGCAUUUGAAAGAGACUCAUUUGGUGCUAUAUUUGCCAAAAUUGUCCCUGACUGCUGUGACGGAUCUGAGAUCAGUGCUAUCUAAAAUGACGGUGGAGAAAUAUCUCAUGGGCGCCGAUGCAAGUUUCAGUCGACUUAGCAGCAAGGAGAACUUUACUGUUGAUCAGGUAUUCAACAAGGAUGUGCUUGAAGUGACAGAGGAAGGAUCUGAGGUUUUCCAGAGAGAUGCCCAAACCAGCCAUGACCGUGUGCUGACAUUUAACCGGCCAUUCUUCUUUGCAGUUGUGGAGGGAAACACUAAUGCUAUACUCAUGCUGGGAAAAAUCGCCAAUCCAACUAUUUAAAACUUAGUUUUAGUGGUGGUAGAACAUACAGCAUAGCAUUUUAGUGUGUUUAGUAAUAAGCUUCCAUUUAAGUAAUAACUGUAAAUGAAAUAUUAAAAUAAUGGCCAUCAUCAGGUUAAAGUGACCCAGCCACACAAUUUUUUUUAGACAACUUUGUCAUUGCUUGCUGUAUAACAUGAAAUAUGAAUACAAAGACUUGCUGUGUGAAACAAAUAAACGUUUAAUAUUUAUCAAAAACUAUUUUGGUUAAAUUAAGGUAAUUUUACCCAGAAUGAUCAUUUCAACAAAAAUGUUAUUAACCAGUUAUACUGUCAAUAAAAGCAACUGAAAUACUAUAA